AUGAAAGGUGGGAGGGGUGGCGGCCCACCUAAUAAAAUGCCAAAAUCUAAGCCACCCAAUACUGCAUAUGUUCCAGAAUUACAAAUAUCGGAGUUUCAAAUUGAUUUUGCAAAUAUUCCAAUCAAAUUUGAUCUAAAUCAAGUAAAAUCAUUUCAGCACCAUCUCAAAGUCACAUCAAAGGACGUUCUAGAAGAAAUAGAAGCUAUGAAGAAACUCAUUCUUCAAGCAAGAAAGUUUGCUCCUCCAGAUGAUAAAAUUUUAUUCGCGAUCAACCAGAUCUUAAACAAAAUAACAACAAAAUCAGACAAAAUAGUCAAAUCUUCAAUGGAUCUGAUCAACGAAGACUAUUUUGGAUCAGAAUCUUUCAUAGAAACAUUUUCAUCAAAAUUGCUUGCUACAUCCACUGAACAAAAUGCACUCUCUCGUGUGUACGCAAGAUUUUUACAUAUAAUAAUCGACAAUUUACCCACGAUAAAGCAAAGAGAAGAUUUAUAUGAAUUGAUAAAUCAGGGAUUACUUGAAAAUACUGAACUAACUAAUGGAUCCUUUCAAUUUAUAGGGUGUCUACUUACAGAAGGUCUCAUCCAAAUUAGCCAAAUCCUCAAAAUUUUCAAUAGAUUAAAAAACGAUUUAACAGAGCGCAAUGUUGAAGGAAUAUAUUAUCUAUUUCGAUGUUGCUUUCAUUACAUGAACGAGAAUUACUCUGAUUUCAAGAAAGAUUUGACAAAAAUAAUUAAUUUGGUCAAACAACUGACAAAUGUUCGUUCUCAAGUCAAAUUCCUGAUGUAUGACUUUCAAGAUGAGUUUUCGGCCAAUAAAAUUACUGGUUAUUUAGAUAGAAACGUAAAUUCAAUUGAAGAAACAAUUUUAACGGACAUUCCUCCAGAAACAAAGUCCUCUCUUAUACUAAGUAAGUUUAUUAACACCAAUGAGAUCCCAACACGUUGGAAUACUCAAAUGACUUUUGAUUAUUUUGCUUCUUUGCUAAUGUCGCCAAAUAAGGACUUCACCAAAGGUCUUGGUUUAAUACCAAUCCUGAUCCAAAGCGAUAAUCUCAUUUUCAAAGAGUCUUCUCUGAAAGAAAUCAAAAAAUUAGAAAAAAUAAGCCGCAAAUUUGAAAGUGGAUUAAAUAAAAUAGGAGCCAUAUAUGCCAAUUUGUAUGUUCUUGGCUGCAUUGAUGAUUUGAACAAAAAUAUAUUUGAUAAUUAUAUUUUUGUUGGAUUUAUUGGCGAAUUAAGGAGAAUUAACAAGACACAAAUGAUCCAAAACACCGAUUUCUUUCUGGAAUAUGCUUUUUUGCCGAAAUUAAGAUCUCAUAGCCAAAUUGUCAGUGAUUUAGAGGAAUUUGGUAUCAUAGACAUGUUUCCUUUAUAUGCAGAUAUGAAAUUGAUAUUUGAUAUCAUUCGCAAAGGCGAAGAUGAAAAAUUAAUAAUAAAUAUUUUGAAAAAAGAACAUUCUGAACAAGAAAAGGUGUUGUUGGUAGAGUAUUUGACGGAAAUAAUUGUAAUACAGAGACCGGCUGAAUACAAUGUACUUCUACAAUACAUUUAUAGACGUCCAAUUCAUUCUUUGAAACAUAUUGAAGUAAUUGGAGAAUUAUUUGAAUGGAAACCGGAACAAACUGCAACAUCAAUAUAUAAAUUAGCUGCUUUGAUAUUGUAUGAUAUAGAAGAAUUUAAAAAUACAAGCGGAAAUGAAUAUCAUAAUGAUGUAAGUAAAUUUUUAUAG